CCGCGCUCCGUGCGCCUAGCCGCCGCCGCGGCCCGGCCCAGCUAGAGCAUGGAGACGGCGGAGAAGGAGUGCGGAGCCCUGGGCGGGCUCUUCCAGGCCAUAGUCAACGACAUGAAGCCAAUUUGCAAGGAACUUUGGGAUGAGACAGAAGGAAGUGGGCCCAGAUCAUAGCAAGAGGUUCAAGCCAGACAUCGGGCACGAUUUGCUGACAUGUGGAGGCAAAACAGGAGAGGCCUCACCUGGGAUGAUGCCAAGGACAGAUUCGCCCCUACCUAUGACACAGAGCUCCUACCCCAUCUGGGAGGACUUCAACUCCAAGGCCACGAAGCUGCAUUCCCAGCUGAGGACCACCGUGCUGGCUGCUGUGGCCUUCCUGGAUGCCUUCCAGAAAGUGGCUGACAUGGCUACCAACACCCGAGGGGCCACGAGGGACAUCGGCUCGGCGCUCACACGCAUGUGCAUGCGCCACCGCAGCAUCGAGACCAAGCUGCGGCAGUUCACCAACGCACUGCUGGAGAGCCUCAUCAACCCGCUGCAGGAGCGCAUCGAGGACUGGAAGAAGGCAGCCAACCAGCUGGACAAGGACCACGCGAAAGAGUACAAACGAGCCCGGCAUGAGAUCAAAAAGAAGUCGUCGGACACGCUGAAGCUGCAGAAGAAGGCGCGCAAAGGGAAAGGAGACCUGCAGCCCCAGCUGGACAGUGCCCUGCAGGACGUCAACGACAUGUACCUGCUGCUGGAGGAGACGGAGAAGCAGGCCGUGCGCCGGGCGCUGAUCGAGGAGCGGGGCCGCUUCUGCACCUUCAUCACCUUCCUGCAGCCUGUGGUGAAUGGAGAGCUGACCAUGCUGGGAGAGAUCACCCACCUGCAGGGCAUCAUCGACGACUUGGUGGUGCUGACAGCAGAACCCCACAAACUGCCUCCCGCCAGCGAGCAGGUAAUCAAAGACCUAAAGGGCUCGGACUACAGCUGGUCCUACCAGACCCCACCCUCAUCACCCAGCAGCUCCAGCUCCCGGAAGUCCAGCAUGUGCAGUGCCCCCAGCAGCAGUAGCAGUGCCAAGGGUGGCGGAGCCCCAUGGCCUGGGGGUGCCCAAACAUACUCACCCAGUUCCACCUGUCGCUACCGCAGCCUGGCGCAGCCAGCCACCACCACCGCUCGCCUCUCCAGUGUUUCCUCCCAUGACUCUGGCUUCGUCUCCCAGGAUGCCACCUACUCCAAGCCCCCCUCGCCUAUGCCUUCAGACAUCACCAGCCAGAAGUCCUCCAGCUCUGCAUCUUCCGAGGCCUCGGAAACCUGCCAGUCCGUUAGCGAGUGCAGCUCCCCCACCUCGGACUGGUCCAAGGUCGGCUCCCAUGAGCAGCCCUCAGGCGCCACUCUGCAGCGGAGGAAGGACCGAGUGGAGCUCCUGCGAGACACAGAGCCAGGCCCUGCCAGUGGGGGCACCCUGGGCCCCAGCGGGGAAGAGGCACCGCGACCCCGGAUGUCCCCUGCCACCAUCGCAGCCAAGCACGGCGAGGAGGUGUCCCCCGCAGCCAGUGACCUGGCCAUGGUGCUGACACGGGGCCUGAGCCUGGAGCACCAGAAGAGCAGCCGGGACUCGCUGCAGUACUCCAGCGGCUACAGCACGCAGACCACCACGCCCUCCUGCUCUGAGGACACCAUCCCCUCCCAAGGCUCCGACUACGACUGCUACUCCGUGAAUGGGGAUGCGGACAGCGAGGGCCCGCCUGAGUUUGACAAGUCAUCCACCAUCCCGCGCAACAGCAACAUCGCCCAGAACUACCGCCGCCUGAUCCAGACCAAGCGCCCAGCCUCCACUGCUGGGCUGCCCACCGCGGGGCUGCCCACGGCCACUGGCCUGCCCUCGGGCGCACCCCCCGGCGUGGCCACCAUCCGCCGCACACCCUCCACCAAGCCCACCGUGCGCCGCGCCCUGUCCAGCGCUGGCCCCAUCCCCAUCCGGCCGCCCAUCGUCCCUGUGAAGACGCCCACGGUGCCUGACUCCCCCGGCUAUAUGGGGCCCACACGGGCGGGCAGUGAGGAGUGCGUCUUCUAUACCGACGAGACCGCCUCACCCCUGGCACCGGACCUCGCCAAGGCCUCCCCAAAGAGGCUCAGCCUGCCCAACACAGCCUGGGGCAGCCCAUCCCCAGAGGCAGCCGGCUACCCCGGGGCAGGGGCCGAGGACGAGCAGCAGCAGCUGGCGGCCAACCGGCAUAGCCUGGUGGAGAAGCUGGGGGAGCUGGUGGCGGGUGCCCACGCACUGGGCGAGGGCCAGUUCCCCUUCCCCACUGCUCUGUCGGCCACCCCCACGGAGGAGACACCCACCCCACCCCCAGCCGCCACCAGCGACCCCCCGGCUGAAGACAUGCUGGUGGCCAUCCGGCGUGGGGUCCGGCUCCGCAGGACCGUCACCAACGACAGGUCGGCGCCCCGCAUCUUAUGAUGGCGCCACCGUCCCCAUCCUCUCAGGCCCCAGUGCGAGCAGGUGGCCUGGUGUGUGAGCCGCAGGCACUCAGAGCAAAGGCCCAGCCAGGAGAGGACAGAGCCAGGGCAGAGGCCAUGCCACUUUAUGGAAAGAGACACCUCACUUGGAUUCCAGCAUUUAAACAGGAAGUGAUUUCUUAGCAAGCCCGGCCAGGACGGAGCCUGCAGGCCUGGGCCUGGUUCGGGGUCUGUUUUAUGCUCUUCGGUCCCUCCUCUUCCUCCUCUCGGGCCCUGCCUCUUCCAUACCCAUAAGCACCAGAGGCAGGGCCGCCGCCCAUGACAGAGGGGCCAGGCUGGCCUCCCUUUCACCAUCCCGGCCUCUCCCAGGGCUGGUCCUGCCUCAGCUCCUCCUGGAAUGCUGGUCCCCCUCUUCCCUGCCUGAGCCCCCUCCUCCCCUCUUGCCUUCUCUCUGCCUCUCCCAGGCCCCUCUCCCUCCAGGAGGCGGGGCAGCUGUGGAGGGGCCAGGUGCAUGCUGGGCUGGAUGUCUGCUGGGGGCUGGGGGCCAGGGCAGCAGGUUGGAGUUGGGCGGCCAGGCCCCCCGUGUGGGAAGGGAGUUCCAGGGCCCACGCCGAGUCUCAGGGAGGAAACCAGGGGCUGCUUGUGGGGGGUCUUGGGGGCCCUGUGGUGGCUCCCACCCCUCGCCUCCCCCACCCUGUGAGGCUGGCUGGAGGGGGCCAGAGCAGCUCCUUGGAAACUAGGGCAGCAGGGUUAGGAAGCCGGAGGCCCUGGGGUCACCGGCCAGCCACACAGGCACCGUUUUCAGAUGUCCACUUCUCAUUGGGUACAUCAAUCUUUUAACUUUGGGGGGUCACAGUUUCAGCCAACUUUCGGGGGGUGACUGGAGCAGUAGGAGGUGUGGGGUCAUUUUAUGAAUAUAAUAAAAUGGAGCUGACUGUAGACGAGGACUAAGUGUGGGGGUGAGGGGACAAUACAGGGUGUGUGUCUGGGAGUGCCUGGGGGACAGGGCCCCCCCGGUGGCCUGGUGGUCCUAUGGCAGGAUGAGAAGGGAGGGACUUGGCUCCCCCAGAGCCCGGGGGAAGCUACUGUUCUCUCCAGUGUCUUGAGCGUAGCCAAAAUAAUAGGGUUGGGAGGCUCCCGGCCUGUCUGCCGUGGUCUGAGCUGGCUGCAAGCCCAGGUGGGGGAGCGAGUCUGGGAAGAUUGGCUUUGACUCUCUGUUGCCAGAGGAGAUGCCAUCCCAGCAUGGCCCCCACUGUAGUCCAGGCUUGUGCUGGCAGCGGGGGCAGGGGGAGGGGCAAGGCUGCCCCCACCCCACGCACCAAGUCACGCCAAGUCUCAGCAGGUAAAAGCACGUGAGCCUAGGGCGAGCGGAGGGAGUCCUGGUGGCCCCGCAGGUCAGGAGGGAAAGCAGGGCUCAGAGGGCAUCGUGGCCCCAGGGCAGGGUCCUACCUGGGGGUCAGGAGCACCUUGGGUCUUGAUAGAAUGGAGCUGGGUCUGAGCCUCCCAGGCUUGAGCUCCUGGGAGUUCUUGUGCGGUGAGCUGGGCAGCUCCUGGGUAGGUCCGGGCACCAAGCAGGCCCUGAUGUGGACAGAGUCCCAUCAGAGGGAGCUGAUGAAGAAUGGUCCCUGUAAGUAAGUCACUAGGUUCAACAACUGCCUGGCCGAGCACUCAGCCCGUGGAGCUCAGGCCAACACCAGAGCCCCGGUUUUAGGGGCCAGGAGAGCAGGUGACCAAUUUGGGGAGUCUUGGGUGGAAUUUCUGCCACACAUUCUCCCCAGGGCUGCAGGGGUCUGCCGAGGCAGGGCGGUAGAGCAAGAUUCAGGAUGUGGUGGGAAUAGUGUGAGGGGCAGUGGGUGGGCAGACCUGGGUGUCAGAGGUCCUGAUGGGAAAGGAGGCAGGGGCUUCCCAGAGAGGGGGGCUCGGGUGGCACAGCCCCUACCAACUCUGCCGUCCCCCUCCUCUGUGAGCCCCGGGGGCUGUACAUACUCUACUCCACCCCCUUGUCCAUCCCUGAGGCCACCCCUGCCGCCCUUGCGUCGACUUAGCAACCACCUCUUAGGCCCACCCACCUCGGGAUCCGAGCCAACCAUCCCACAUCACAAACUUUGGUUUGGGGGACUUUACGUUCAUUUAAUUUCUCAUUUUGUACAGAGAAAUAUUCUUUUCAAAAGCGUCUUUUGACUGAAGUAACUUUCCUGGUGCUGUUGUUAACUCGUUCCUUUUUUUAAUUUAUUCCCCUACCCCCCAUGCAGCCCUCCUGGUUCCUACUCACCCUUCCCCCCUCCCCCACCCUCCAUCCCAUCUGAACCAUUUGUUUCUUUUCUUUCUGUCAGAUUUUGGAAAAAUUCUCCUCUCCUCCCCGCCCCCUCCACACCAUCCUCCCCGAUUUAAAUAGUCACUGCUACAAGUAACAGAUGCACUGUGAAGAUUCCAGUAUUAAUAAAGGUGUACUGUAAUUAACA